GACACAGUAUGGAAUAGGUUAACGAAACGUCUCAAAUUAUCAGGAAGUAUUUAGCAUGGAAAUUUUGCAAAUCGUAAUUAAUAUCUGAUAACUGUGCAAAUAAAUAUUUUACGGUAAAUGACCAGCCUAUACAACCACUUAGAGAAAUUUAACAGUUAAAUAAUAAUAAAUAAUAAUAACAAAAGUAAUUUAUGGGUAAAUCAUUGAAUUUGCCAAUUGUUCAUUCUUUGUUAACAGAUCCAAAAUUCAACCAAUCAUCUUUAAGAAAGUCAUCAUAAAUUAACAGGGCGUUUCAUAUUAAAACGGAGUUGAAGAUGUGCAAAAUUAAUUCAUCAACAACAAAAUCUUGAUCUUAAUAAAAUCAGUUUGAUGAGUUUGGUUUAUAAAUAAAAUUACGACUGACGCCCAAACGUUACUUCCAAAUAUGGAGUAAAAAUAUCAGGAUAAAACAACGCAUCUUUCAACAGUGUGUGUAGUACAUGUGUAUGUACAUAAUACAUAAGUAUGUACUACAACUUUAGACUGAAUUAAUUGACGGAUCUUUGUUGAAGAGUUUAGUUAUGAAAGUGAGAAUUGUGCGUCUUGGCAAAGUUGUGAGACUUCUUGACAAAAAAAUUAAUUUUGUGCAAAUAUAUUUCGUGCGUUUGGCAUGUAUUUAUUGCAAAACAACUGGACAAAUUCUAGAAAUAAAUAACACCAAGCAGGAAGAAGGAAGCACCAGAUACGAUAGUGCAUCGAAUUAGCGUAAAUAGAACGCUAUCGAUCUACAAAUGGAAAAGCCAUAAAAAACGGAAACUAAUUCCAACAUGUUGAUCACACCAGUAGCGAAGGCUUCUACUCCGCUGCACUUGAAACAGACAAAGUCAUCCAGUUUCAAAAUAAGGACGGAAAUAAGGUCGACAACUUCUGCACCUGUGGUACCCCCAGCGCCACAGAAAAACAAGAAAAUUGCAGAUAUUUAUCAAACAAAGAAUCACACCAAUAACCGAUCUUGUUCUCGAGUGCUUCAGCGACAGGAUGCCUUCAACUAUCAGAAUUCUAAAGAGUCGUUAAACAGUGAGGGAUCCAGGGAGGAGUGGAUCCAGAAGAAGCAAAGUACCAAUGGAACCACCACCACCGGAAGUGACACCAACGAGACAAAAAUGACAGGAAAAGGAAUUCUUGAUGAGUUUGGUAGUGGGAAGUUUAUAAAUAAUCAGAGAGGUGAUCCGGACGGGUGUGACGACGAUGAGGAGGACUACAGUUCAAAUAAUAGUGGUAGUAAGAAAAUAAGUGGCAGUGUUAAUACCGCGAUGAAAAAGAGCAACGCUAAUUUUAGCGUAGAUUCAACUACAAAAGUUAAUGGACAUCGCAAAGCUGAUUGGAAUGUGGAUUUAUCCUCAUCUUCCAGGCGACAAGAUUCCUGUCCUGUUAACAAAUUUGCGAAAUCGUGCCACAACAGAAAACAAGAAGGGUUGUUUCUAAAAACAAAAGAUGUGCCUGCUGCUGGUGGGGAUAAAGCUGUUAAAACCAACAGCGGUCAUUACAGUCCUGGUAGUAGAACUGGUGGUCAUAAAAUAAAGUCAGUCGUCCCAUCGCCCCUCGUCCUUCUUGAAGCUCCCCUGCUAACAAAGAAAAAGAAGAAGAAUAACAAUAUUUCAUUAAGUGCUACUACAAUGAACAACAAAUUGAUUAAGAGUGACGCAAAUAGCAAAAGCCAUGAUUUUCAUGGUAAAAAUCUGAAUGGCACGACGAAUAAAAAGUCUGUGUCAGGAAUAAUUGCUCUUUUUAAUGGACAUUCAAAAAUUAAACAUGAAGAAUUAAAUAUUAACAAUAAUAAUAAUAAUAAAUUCAAAAACUUGGAAGAAUUAAAAAAAAUAAGGGCGAAGAAGACUAAAACUGAAACUAGUAUCAGGGUGGAAGCUGGAGUUGAAAAAGAGACAAAGUGUCACACUCCCCUUGUUUUUGGGAGGACAUCGUCAUCGUCACCUCGACCUGGACCAGUGACGACGAGACCGGAAGUGUCGCCAUCAGAGGGUGUGGGACCAAGUAGUGAAGCUUGUUUUAAGGACAGAAUGGGCAAUGGUCAAUCUGGUUGUGGUGGUAGAUUAGGAGGAGGUGCGUCAUUAAUGAGAUCUUGUUUCGGUUCGAAAGUGAAGGAUGACACGGAGGGGAAAGGGGGCAAAGAGGUCGACGUUUUGGAAUUUAUAGUACCGCUGGAGCCUCACGUUGAAGUUGUGGAGGGAUCCAUGCUCGAGUUGUGGGUCAAAGUUAAAGGUGCCCGAAGAGUGACUUGGGUCAAGAGCGACAAAACUAUUCGCAACGCCCCACCCGAUUUUGUAGUAAAUUGCAACGUUUUGGAUGGGAUUUUCUCGUUGAGAAUCAAGGACGUGUUUCUACAAGAUUCCGGAGUUUAUAUUUGCGAAGCGUACGGAUUUCGGGGAGAGGAAGGGGCAGACAAGGCAGAUUUAAUUUGUUGGUGUAACGUGGAAGUAAUUGAAGAAGACGUAGGUGGCGAAGAUGAGGAUGAGGACACAUUGGAGGAAUUAAUACCGGAAUUAGUACCUCUACCACCUCAAAGGAGGAAAUUAAUAGUUCCUCUGAUAAUUACGACCCCAUCGUCUGACGUGAUCAUGGAUGGGGACGAUCCUCUUGGUCAUCGCCAUCCCAUCGUACCCGACGAAUUAGACGGUCGUCGUUCAUUCUUCGCAAAUUCGUCAUCCAGUUCUCAAGAAUUUUAUGGGGAUGCGUUGGAAGAUAUUUGUGAAGUUGGAGAGGAAGAGGGUGACGACGAAGUCAUAGCGAGUGCACCGCCAGAGGAGGAAGAAGCACGACCAUGUCAAGCUCCAAGUGUUGAAAAUAACCAAAAUGUUGGCGUUGCUGUAGUAGUGGACAUGUCGGGAAACGAGGAGGUCUCAAUUGGAGGAGGAGCUCCAAUUACUUCCAGUGAUAAUGGUGCCAAGUUUUCCCCCUCGAAAGCAGAAAGCACCACCGUCGAAACGUCUAUAUCGUCCCCACGAGAAACGACUGACUGCAGGAAUUCUCCUGAUCCCAGCGUUGUUUCAGGGUCACGAGACGAAGAACUAAAUGUCCACAAAGAAACCAAUUCAACAGGAGGCCUUAUAAAUUCUUCCCUGGAAGACGACUCCACCACAGCGAUGAUAAAUCAACACGAAUCAACUUUUCCAGAACAUGAUCACGAAAUCCCCACCCGUACCAACGUAUCAUCUCUUCAAUCCCAAUACAGCACCGAAUCUGAGGAAGUCUUCCCCUCAUCUCCGUUAUCAUCCUCGCUGGACGAAGAGGACAAAGAGUUUGAUCUGAGUGCUGCAAGUUCCGUGAACAGUGGUGCCGGUGGUGGGGCUGGUUCAAGUGGGGCGUAUACAGGAACGUUUCGCGAUUCCCUGAGUGAUAAUCCACUAGCACCAAAAUUUCUUAUGGGUCCUUCCAACCUGAUCGUUAUGUUGGGCGAAACGGUGCAUCUUCGAGUCAAGAUUUGGACGCCGGAUGACUCCAUGACGGACAUUGGAUGGUGCAAAUUGGUCAGGGGCGUUUAUCAACGUUUAUUGGAUGGGACGGAAAGUCAUUCCACUUCCGAAUCCGGAAAAUCAUCCCGAAUCAAGAUUACUCAACCAACCAAUGAUCUCGUCAUGUUAACCAUUCCUCACGUUACGUAUGAAGAUUGUGGAAAGUACAGGGUUAAAAUUAGCAAUGCUAACGGGGCUGAUUACCACCAUUGCUUAGUAUCCGUAGAAGGACCACCCGAACCACCCUCGUCCGCCCCAACGGCAUCGUACGAUCCAGUCCUGGGACAGAUGGAGAUUUCCUGGCCGUGCUGUCCAUUCGAUGGAGGUUCCGCCAUUUCAGGAUACAUUUUAGAACUAAAGAUGAAACCAAGUCCCAUUUCGACGUGUGAACAGGCCGAAAUUUGGACGGUUAUUACAACGCCGAGCUCCAAAGGCCUCUGUUACACGUUAAAAAAUCCAAAACCAGGCCACACUUUUUAUUUCCGCGUUUGUGUGGAAAAUUCUCAUGGAAAGGGAAAGUAUUCCAAAACGAGUGAUGGCGUCAACGUGACUGAGAAAGCAGUUCAACAACAAAGUAAUGACGUUACUUCAUCGUCGUCUGCUGUUGUUAGUUCUUCUGCGCCCAGAAAAAUUAGCAGCAGUGGGAAAUCUUCGUCUUUCUAUGACGGCGACUACGAGUAUCACAACGUAACUUUGCAACACUCUGACUUUCUCCAGUAUUAUGAGAAACACGAGCAAUUAGGGAAGGGCAGAUUCGGGGUGGUGUUCAAGGUCACCAACAAAUCCACGGGUAAUUCUUACGCCGGAAAAUUUGUAAAAUGCAGAAAAUCAUCCGACAAAGAGAGAGCUGAACUGGAAUAUAAAAUCAUGAAUGACUUAAAAUAUCAUCCAAAAUUGAUCUGCUUAGUGGACUGUUUCGAAAUGCCGAGAGAAAUGGUUUUCGUGACGGAAAUGAUAAAUGGUGGUGAACUUUUCGAACGGGUGGUGGCUGACGACUUCACACUGACGGAGAGAGAUUGCGUCACCUUCCUUCGACAAAUUUGCGACGGGGCGAAAUAUAUCCAUGAAAAAAAUAUUAUGCAUCUGGAUUUGAAGCCCGAAAACAUCCUUUGCACUCAGAAGACGUCCAACCAAAUAAAAAUCAUAGACUUUGGUCUCGCCCAAUACUACAAUCCGACCGAACCCAUCCGCGUGCUUUUUGGGACAGCGGAAUUUGUUUCGCCAGAAAUUAUAAACUACGAGACCAUUUGUCCAGCCACGGACAUGUGGAGCGUUGGCGUCAUCACGUACAUUUUAUUGUCAGGCUUAUCUCCAUUUCUGGGGGACGAUGAUAACGAGACUUUUAGCAACAUUACGCGAGGAGAGUUUGAUUUUGAUGACGAAGCCUUCGAAAAAGUUUCUGACGAUGCGAAAGAUUUCAUUUCUUCCGUUAUCGUCAAGAGGAAAGAAAAACGUCUCACCGCUGAAGAAUGCUUAGUCCACAAAUGGUUAGCUUUAUCCGAGUCGGAAAAGAAGGAUAUUGUCUUAUCGACAGAUAAGUUAAAGAGGUUCUUACUGAGGAGGAAAUGGCAGAAAACGGGUAACGCCAUUCGAGCUCUGGGACGGAUAACGACGCUUUAUUCGUCUUCUAGAAGAUCUUCGUCUGGCACGUCGAGUACAACGACCACGCCCACGACGUCUGUAUCCUCCCCACUUGCAGCUGCAUCCGCUGGUGGGAGGAGUGAGUCGGGGGAAGACCACGAUUCCGUGUUUGUUGCUACUUCUGACGCCAAUUUACAGAAUAAUCACAAUGUAAAUAGGAGUACAAGUUGUGGGGACGCGGUCCAGAAAAGGGAAGAAUUUGCAGCAAAAUCGACCUCGGGUGGGGGACGGUAUGACGAAAGUUGUCGGAGUGAUAGCGGAAUUGGGGGCGAUGGUCCGAUCAGUGGGCAUUUUAGUUUGUUAGAGUAACAUAUGUGUAAAUAUACAUAAGUGGUAGAAUAGAGAGUGACAGAACAAGUUAAUGUACAUACAUACUUUUUUCGGUCUUGCAUAACUUUUUAAUUUUUAUUUCUUCACCUUCAAUUUACAGAAAGGUAAACAAUUAAUUACAUAUGAUUUGAGAUUAAAUAUGUACAAUUUGAAUAAACAAAAAGUUUAAAAAAGAUAA